GAAUUCGAUGAGCCAGACCACCCUCGUUCCUCUCGCAAUCGUUUGUUCUAGCACGCUGUCAAUCCGACUAGUGACAACUACUAUUCGCUCCAACAAAAUUUACCAGAAUGCAGCUCUCCACCCUUCUUGGCGCCUCUUUCGUCGCCGCGGCAUCAGCUGCCCUCCCCCCCAUCAACUUGGGCUACCUCAGCUACCCCCACGGUAAUCUCUUUGUCGCGUGGUCCCCUUUCACUCCCACAACGACACAAGAGAUCACCGACGUCUGCGACACCCGCGGCGCCGUCAAGGGCACCGCGACGUGGACAACCAUCCGCGCGUACAACACCUACGUCUUCAAGCCCAUAUGCCGUAAUCCCUUCAACGUCACCGACGCUGUGACAAAUACCACAUACUACAACUUGGAGCUGGCAUGCGUGGACGAUAACAUUCCCCUUUACGCCAACCCGGAGGUUACCGCGGUCGUUGAUACGAAGACGAACAAGACGGUGGAGACAUGCGUCCCUGUUUCGCUGAACGGCCAGUCAACAUACGGAGCUUGCAGCGAUCACUUCAGUGGAGUCUCGUACAGUUUCGCUUGCUCGGCUUGAUAUGGAACUACCGUUGGGAGACAGUGACCUCUUAGAACAGACUCUGGUACGAUGGAUGAGCAUUACUGCAUGGGCGUGCACGGACUUCACAUAGCUCGGGGCUUCGGCUGACGUCGAUGAGGUUGCUGCAACUUAUUAAUGAAGGCACGAGAGCGCGCAUACCAAUAGAAUUCAGACACAUACUUAUUUUAUCGUUAUAAUACUACUUUUUCAAAGG